AUGGGUGAGGUCACGAUCAGCCCCUUCGCCACCAUCAACGUGAAGUCUCACGUCCCCAUCAUGCUGGAACUUCGUGCCUCCAACUACACCAAGUGGAGCAUCUUCUUCCUCGACAUGUGCGGCAAGUUUGGGCUGCUCAGGCACAUCGACGGGACUGCUCCUCCUGAUCCUGUUGAUGCGCCCUAUGCCCAAAAUGACUGCUGCGUUCGCACUUGGCUGUAUGGCUCCGUCUCGGAGUCCGUCCUCGACUUCACCAUGGCGCCAAAUCAGACAGUGCGACAGCUUUGGGUCGCCAUUGAAAAUCACAUUCAAGUGAACAAAGCCCCUCGCUCCAUCUACCUGAGUCAUGAAUUCCACAACAUGACUCAGGGAGAUCUGUCUGUUGAAGACUACGGGAAGAAGAUGAAGGUCGCCGCCGAUGCGCUUCGUGACGUUGGUCACCCAAUUACGGAGGCCACCCUCGUCCUCAACCUCAUGCGCGGCAUCAACAAGAAAUUCAGCAAUACCGCUGACUUCAUCGCCGGCCAGAAGAACAUCACCUUCACCGAGGCUCUCGAUCAGCUUCAGCUGAAAGAGCUCCGGCUGGCAAACGAAGAUCAAGUUGCUGCUGCCACUGCUCUCGUCGCCGCCUCCAAUUCUGCUGGCUGCGGCUCCGCUUGUCGGUCAUCUUCAACCACAACCGGCGCCCAGCGGCAGCAGUCCCAGCAGUAG